AUGGGGUCGAGAUCGUUUUUGCUGGAGAAGCUGAGCGCGCCGUACGACAGCAGCGGCGGCGUCGGCAAUGCCAGUGCUGCUGCUGGAGCGCCCGUUCCGAUUGCGGAUGGUACCGGCGACGGGCCGCUGUCGAAGCAGCCGACGCAGCGCAAGAAACAAACGCCUUCGACCAUUGGGUGGCUGUCGGGUCUAUUAGCAGAGGAGAAGUUGCUGCUGACGGUGGGCGUCUCGGGGAUGACCGUUUCGUCGGCCAUGAACCUCGUGUUCCCACGCGUGAUGGGCAAAGCGAUCGACGUGGCGUCGGGCAAACCGGCGCCCGGGGGGCUCAGUCGAAAAGGGUUUGUCGCCGUCGUCCUGGCGACGUUUGUGACAGGGGCAAUGGGCUCGUUCGUGCGCACGUAUGCGCUCGGUAUGGCCUCAGAGCGCAUUGCCGCCAAGCUGAGAAGGCGGCUGUACCGGACGUUGUUGCUGCAGGAGCUGAGCUUUUAUACGCACCGCAAAGUGGGCGAACUCGUGACGCGACUAAGUCGUGAUUGUCAACAGACGGCAAGUGCGGUAGUUGACGUGCUGUCGAACGGCUACCGGUCGUUGAACUCGGCCGUGGGUGCGUCCUGCAUGCUGCUGACGAUCUCGCCCAAGUUGACGCUCGUGUCGUUGACCAUCUUGCCGCUCGUGGGCACGAGCGCGAUGCUGUUUAGUAAAAUCUCGAGUCGAUUGGCUACGAAGCACCAGAACGCUGUCACAGACAUGACGGGCGUGGCUGAAGAGCGCUUGAAUCAUAUUUGUACGGUCAAGUUGUUCUCCGCAGAGCAAGACGAGCUGGACCGCUUCGACACGAUCAAUCAAGGAAUCUUGGCGAAUGCCAAGAGCGCGAAGCAGGCUCGUGGUCUGUUCAUGGGUGGACUAUCACUGUCCAUCAACUGCUCGUUGUUCUCGGUGCUGUACUUUGGCGGAUCGCUUGUGGGGUCAGGGGAACUCACGAUUGGAACGCUCACGUCAUUCGCUCUGUACAGUGGGUUCAUGGGAAUCGGGUUCUCGGGCCUGUCGUCGUGUCUGAGUGAAAUGAAGAAGACGCGAAUGUCGUCCGAGUCGCUCUUCGACUUGCUGUCGCUUCCACCUGCUGCAGAUGGAGACGAGACGUUGGCAAAUGUCAAGGGCUGUGUGAGCUUUAACGACGUGUCGUUCGCCUACCCGUCGCGGCCGAACAUGUUGGUGCUGAACCGACUGACCAUGCAGGUCAACCCGGGUGAGGUAGUUGCUAUCGUGGGUAAGAGCGGAGCUGGUAAGACCACGAUCGCGUCACUCAUGUCGAAGAUCAUCAAACCCACGAGCGGCACAGUGACUCUGGACGGUGUGGACAUUGCGACGUUGAAGACGUCGUGGCUGCGUAAGCAGAUUGGCGUUGUCAAUCAGGAACCGUCGCUUUUUGCGUCGACCAUUGCUGAGAACAUCAUGUACGGUGCCGAAGUGCACGACAAGGAACAGCUCGUCAGUGCUGCCACGAAAGCACACGCGCACGAGUUCAUUAUGGAACUGCCGGAUAAGUAUGACACCUUUGUGGGUGAAAAAGGUGUUGAGCUGUCGGGCGGUCAGAAGCAGCGCAUUGCCAUUGCCCGCGCACUGUACAAGCCGACGAAUAUCCUUUUGCUGGAUGAAGCCACGAGCUCGCUCGAUGGGCGCAGCGAGGACCUGAUCCGCCGCGCGCUUCAGUCCGCGUCGGAGGACCGAGCGGUCUUGGUCAUUGCGCACCGGCUGAACACGAUCCGACAUGCCAGUCGCAUCAUUCUGCUGGAAGAAGGCGUCAUUGCUGAGACCGGCACGUUUGAGGAUUUGUACCAGGAAGGCACCAAGUUCUACGACUUGGCUCACAACAGCCAAGCUCCAAUAGUUUAG